AUGACACACUUCUCACCGUUAUUAGCAGCGCAUUGCGCAGCCACCGCUACACCACAAGAGAUAUCCAAUUGGCUACGAGAUGAUGAAGCGCUCAUCAGCGCUCAAGGGAAUUGCAGCUGGCUAGCUUACUAUCUACCGGAAUACGAAACUGAAAGAGGGUUAGCUAUUGCGACAUGUCUUACACCGUCGCCCGCUUUGGGUCACGACAUCAAAAAACUCAUCUACAAAAAUGUUCUGAGCAGGAUCCGCCGGCAUCUGAAGAGAGGUGGAUCGAACACAACGCCGGACGGAACUAUCCACGAAAUUGGAAUCGCCGAGCAGGCAAUACCUCAUUCGGAACUCUCGACUACCUUGAGAGUUAUUGCGCAUCUACAAGAGGCCGCUAUAAUCCAGCGAGACACCACAGCUAGCACUAUCAUGGCUUGGUUGGAGGAGCGAGUUGCUCUCAGUCGACACACCAUCUCAGAGUCUGCUCCACACGAGGCGGAGAUUCCAAGACCACCACCCACGCCACGCAAACGUUUGUGUUACAUCUGUCGUAUGGCUAUGACCACUUCAUACCCUCCUCAGCCAGCCAUGUGCAUACCCUGCGGUUCCUUCAACCACUCUUCUUCCAUGCUUUCGACCCCAUCAAAGCUGAUCUUGCCACAUACCUUCACCGCGCUCGUAACAGGAGCGAGAGUCAAUCUUGGCUACCACACGGCAUUGCGUCUUCUGCGUUGCGGUGCCCGAGUAAUCGCUACAACACGGUAUCCGCUUGAUGCUAUAUCGCGGUAUAUCGAAGAGCCCGACUCGCAUGUAUGGAAGAAUAGAUUGAAAGUAAUAGGUGCAGAUUUCAGGUGUGCGAAGGACGCGCACGAUUUGGUGCAUGAAACGAAACAAUGUCUGAAGCAAUGGGCUCAUGGAGGGGACGUGAGAUUGUCCGCAUUGAUCAAUAACGCAGCGCAGACACUUACAGACAGCGUGAAAAGAGAAGAACAUGCCAUAGAGCGAGAGAAAGCUUUGGGUAAACGUUUAGUACACCGGGAACUAUUGAUUGAAGGGAGUUACACAACCAGAGUGCGAGGACGAGAACUACCAAUGAGACUGCUAAACGCUGGGUCGACUAGUGUGCCUCCAGAGAGCUCUCUGGAAGAACAAACAGGCGCUGUAGGCUCGGUAGACAUACUCGAUACGUCUUACAAAACAACCACACAAGUAGAGCCCUACACCAAGUCCUCCUGGGUGCAAUCUAUAUCUGAGAUACCAUACGAAGACGUUGGUUCCGCUCUCUCAGUCAACACGUUCGUCCCAUUCAUCCUUUGCAGGGAACUCCUUCCUCUUAUGGGCUGCAGCAGUAUUGAAAAACCUACCAAGCCUCAAGGCUACAUAAUCAACGUCUCUUCCCGCGAAGGCAUAUUCGAGUCUCACACCUCUUCAUCUGCAAAACGAGGCAAACACGUCCACACCAACAUGUCCAAAGCGGCACUCAACAUGCUUACCGAGACAGAAGCAGAGCCUGCUUGGCGUAAGAAGCGUAUCGCCAUGAACACAGUGGAUCCGGGAUAUAUGAGUGCGGCGCCUGAGUAUGAAGAUGCUUUCGAGGGUAUGAGGCCGAUUGGCUGGGAAGACGGGGCUGGGAGGGUGUUGUGGCCGAUUGCUGUGGCGGAGAUGGGAGAGAGAGUUGUUUGGGGAAGGUUUUUGAAGCACUAUGGAGUUGUGGAGGGGGAGGCGGGUAGGGGGUGA